ACCCACCCCAGCAAAGAGAGAAAAAAGCAGACUCUGUUUCUUUUCUUGAAUUGCCAUUCCCCUUACCUUUCUUCUCCCAAUUUCUUCUGCUCUCUUUCUUUCUCUCUUAUUCACAUUCAAAGACCUAAUUUUCAGUUGCUUAUGUUGACCAAAAACACCCUCACAUUUCACCUUUUCUCCCCUACAAAUACCCAAAUCCACCCACCAUUAACAGCACUGAAGAAGAAAUUUGGGAGUUUGGGAGGGAGAUAAAUUCAUUCAUUCAUUCAUUUUAUUUAUUUAUUCAACUUUUUUUUUGAAAAAAACUAUCAAUGGGAAACUCAAUAUGGGCUUUGUUAUCACCAUACACACCAUAUCUGAUCUCCAUUGUAGCAAUUCUUCUUGUUCUUGAGCAGUUAUCUUACCUGAAGAAGAAGAAGUUUCUUCCCGGUCCGGCGCUGGUUUUUCCGUUCAUCGGUACUGCCAUGACUCUGGUCACCAAUCCGACCAAGUACUGGGAAGUCCAAUCAUCUCUAGCCAAGUCCAAUGGCCAUGGCGUUUCUGCAAAUUACAUCUUCGGCCGCUUCAUUCUCUACAUUCAUUCAACCGACCUCUCCCACAAGGUGUUCGCCAAUGUCCGGCCGGACGCCUUCCAUCUAAUCGGACAUCCGUUCGGCAAGAAGCUCUUCGGCGAGCAUAACUUGAUAUACAUGUUUGGGGAGAAGCACAAGGAGCUCCGCCGCAGAAUCGCUCCCAAUUUCACCCCCAAGGCGCUGGCCACGUACACCGGGAUUCAACAGAGGAUUAUUAUCAAACACCUGGCGUCCUGGUUGGAGAAGUGCUCCGCCGCGCCGUCGCAGCCGGUUCCGCUCCGCGUUCUCUGCCGGGAUAUGAACUUGGAGACCUCGCAGACCGUGUUCGCCGGGAAGUAUUUGAGCGGGGAGGCGAGGCGGCGGUUUAAUUUGGACUACAACUACUUCAAUGUCGGGCUGAUGACGCUUCCGGUGGAUCUGCCGGGCUUCGCCUUCAGAAAAGCGAGGCUUGCGGUGGAUCGGCUGGUGGAGACGCUCGCGGUCUGCGCCGAGCAGAGCCAGAGGAAGAUGGAGACCGGAGAAGAAGAGCCGAGUUGCCUGAUUGAUUUCUGGAUGCAAGACGCGAUUAGGGAAAUCAGCCAAGCGAAGGAGAACGGCGGCGAUUUAGGGUCCGUCUACAGCCACCGCGAAAUCGGCGGCCAUCUGUUCGAUUUCCUAUUCGCCGCGCAGGACGCUUCCACCUCCUCUCUCCUGUGGGCGGUGGCGCUCCUGGAGUCUCAUCCGGAGGUUCUCGAGAAAGUGAGGUCGGAGGUGAAGAGGUACUGGUCGCCGGAAUCGGGCGAGGACAUCGCCGCCGAGCAACUCAGGGAGAUGAAGUACGUGGAGGCGGUUGCGCGCGAGGUCAUCCGGUUCAGAGCUCCGGCGACGAUGGUGCCGCACAUCGCCGGGGUCGAUUUCCAGUUGACGGAGAAUUACGUCAUUCCCAAGGGCACCACCGUGUUCCCGUCGCUAUUAGACUCGUCGUUCCAGGGGUUCCCCGAACCGGAAAAGUUCGACCCGGAGCGGUUCAUGGGAGAACGGCAAGAGGACCGGGUUUACAGGAAGAACUUUCUAGCGUUCGGGGCUGGGCCCCACCAGUGCGUGGGCCAGAGGUACGCGUUCAAUCACCUCACGCUCUUCAUCGCCAUAUUUACGGCUGUGAUUGAUUUCAGGCGUCACCGAACGGACGGCUGCGAUGAGUUUGUGUAUAUCCCGACCAUUGCCCCCAAGGAUGAAUGCAGAGUUUACAUUUCCCAGAGGUGCAACAAAUUCCCCGACCGGUGUUGACGAUUUUGCCCCUCUGAGAUCGGAUUCUUCCAUGCAGCUUUUGACUUUUCCAGGGAUUCCAAUUGUGUUGUUCAUUACCUAAAUUAUUGAUCUCUGACUUUCUGUUCUUGUUUUCACACUCGGUACGGUAUUUCUCAAUUUUUUUACUGUGGGUGUUUUCUCCAGUCCUAAAAUAGUUACAUUCUUCAAUCGACGUGUAAAAUUUGUAAUUUUUAAAAUUAAUUGACAAAAUUUUAAAUUCACAAGAUAAGAAAUGGUAAAAAUAUUU